AUGGCAAACAAUUUAUUACUCCUUUUCUUUCUCCUCUUCUCCGGUACGAUUCAACUCGGUUCAACACUGCCUGAACAACUGAAUCAAGUCAACUCCAACUCUAUCCUUGUUGCCCUCUUGGACUCCCACUACACUGAACUAGCCGAGCUCGUGGAGAAGGCCCUUCUUCUAUCAACACUAGAACAGGCAGUUUACACCCGUAAUCUUACUAUUUUUGCCCCACUAAAUGAGGCCCUUGAGCGCGAUCUCGACGCAGAAUUCAAGCGGUUCCUACUCGAACCAGGCAAUAUCAAGUUCCUUCAGACCCUCCUCUUCCAUCACAUUCUCCCCAUUAAGCUCACUCAGGGAAGUUGGCCCACAGAACCCACCGAGUCAACUCGGCACUCUGCCCUUUCUAACGAUCAUGUUGUAUUUUCAUGUAGUUUCACUUCAAACAAUUCUCGGAGUACUAAUAAAUAUGUUAGUGCUGCGAAGGUUGUACAUCCAGACUCCAUAGUCCGUCCUGAUGGAAUCAUUCAUGGAAUAGAAAAAGUACUAAUCCCAGAAUCCGUUGAGCACGCAUUCAACAACAGACGCAGCCUCAGAUCAAUUUCUGCAGUUAAACCAGAAGGAGCCCCAGAAAUUGAUCCGAGAACCCACAAAUUGUUGUCAAAGAAAAAGGCGAAUUCAGUACCAAUCGACGCUCGUGCACACUCCAAAUUAUCAGUAUACAAGGCUAUGGCACCAGCAACAUCCUUGGCUCCGGCCCCUGGUCCAGGUGGGCCUCAUCACCAUUUCGAGGGCGAGAGACAGGUGAAGGAUUUCAUUCAAUCACUCCUCCACUACGGCGGGUACAAUGAAAUGGCCGACAUUUUGGUUAAUUUGACAAAUCUCGCUACAGAAAUGGGGAAAUUAAUCAGCGAAGGCUAUGUUUUGACAGUUUUAGCUCCAAGUGACGAGGCCAUGGCAAAACUCACAACCGAACAAUUGAGCGAACCUGGUGCUCCUGAACAGAUAAUUUAUUAUCACAUUGUGCCGGAGUACCAGACCGAGGAGAGUAUGUACAAUGCCGUGAGGAGGUUCGGGAAAGUGGCAUAUGAUACACUGCAUGUCCCACAUAAGAUUUUGGCUAAAGAAGCUGAUGGGUCGGUUAAAUUUGGCGAUGGCGAGGAUGCAGCUUACUUGUUUGAUCCAGAUAUUUACACAGAUGGGCGAAUUUCAGUUCAGGGGAUUGAUGGAGUGCUGAUUCCACCGGAGGAAAAGAAGAAGGAAUUGAAAAUUGCGAAUUCAAAAUGUUAA